AGCGCGCGGAGCGGCUUUCUGUGAAUCCUCGGUAGGUCGCGCGCUCGCGCUGCUGCUGCUGCUGCCUCACUAUAACCGGAGAAACACAACAGCGCGAGAAACAGCACCUGUAACAUCAGUGACGCUGGAGCCGGAGCGCGCGUGAGGCACAGACGUCUUACGGAGAAAAUCGAGACACGAGAAGACGGGAAGACGACCCUGUGAGAUGGUUUGAUCAAAGUCAGUCUAAUGGAAUUGACUAAAAUGGGCGUAAUCCAUCUCCAAAACCCCGGCCACCCCACCAGCCUCCUGCAGAAGGCCAACCAGAUGCGUCUCUCGGGGACGCUGUGCGAUGUGGUCAUCAUGGUGGACAGCCAGGAGUUCCGUGCCCACAGGACCGUGCUGGCCUGCGUCAGCAAGAUGUUCGAGAUCCUGUUCCACCGCAACAGCCAGCACUACACCCUGGACUUCCUCUCACCAAAGACUUUCCAGCAGAUCCUGGAGUACGCCUACACCGCCACGCUCCAGGCUAAGCUGGAAGACCUGGAUGACCUGCUGUACGCGGCUGAGAUCCUGGAGAUCGAGUACUUGGAGGAGCAGUGUCUGAAGAUCUUGGAGACCAUUCAGUCCUCGGAGGAGAACGACACCGACAUCAAUAUGAACGAGAACGGCGCAGAAGAUGACGACGAGCGCCGGAUGAAGUACCUGAAGAGCGCAUUUCUCUCCAAAAAGCAUUCCAUUCAAGAAGGCGGCUUCAACACAGCUGCCCGCCACAGGCUGGCCCUGGUCAACAUGAUGGACAAGAAGCCCUCAGUUUCAGCACCGCUGGGAAUUCCCACCAUCAGCCACAAUAAGGCUGCUGUCGAGAGCCUGAUGAGCAUCGGACAGACCCUUCUGGAAGGCUCCAUGCCGCAGGGUCUCACUCCACCUCAAGACUCUUCUCCACUGCUGGAUACGAUCAAGACUGAGAUGAUGCAGGUGGACGAGGACUGUGGUCAAGAGGGAGUCUCCUCCAGAAACGGAGACGGCUUCAACGAUUCUAAACAACACAGGGGCACCCCAGGAACCCCCACGAGAGGUAGCGUCAUCACCAGUGCCCGGGAGCUCCAUUCCGCCGAUGGCACUCCUGAAUCCUACAGAGAUGGUAGCCAAAUGGCGCAGGCCAAUAUGGCGGCUCUGGCCGAGUCGCACCUCGCCUCGUUGUACUCCAUGCCGCCUAACCAUAAGGGCGAGGGUCUGCUGCCCAUGCCCGUGUCCGUGGCUUCGUCGCUGCACAUGCCGCCCACCCUCGCCAUGUCCGUGGACUUCAGUGCCUAUGGGGGGCUCUUCCACCAGAGCUUCAUUCAGAGGGAGUUCUUCAGCAAGCUGGGCGAUUUCGCCGCAGCCGCGAAACACGAGGCCCAGAGUCCAAAGGAGCGCUGCGGCGUCUGUGACAUGGAGCUGCCCGACAACGAGACCGCAGAGCAGCACAGGAAGCUGCAUAGUGACAUGAAGACCUUUGGCUGUGAGUUCUGCGGGAAGCACUUCUUGGACAGUUUACGGCUGAGGAUGCACAUGCUGUCUCACUCAGCUGGACCAAAAGCACUGGUGUGUGAUCAGUGUGGAGCCCAGUUCUCCAAAGAGGACGCUCUUGAAGCCCAUCGGAUGACACACACAGGUUCAGAUAUGGCUGUGUUUUGCCUGCUGUGUGGAAAACGCUUCCAGACCCAGAAGGCCCUGCAGCAGCACAUGGAGGUUCACGCAGGUGUGCGCAGCUACAUCUGCAGCGAGUGUGACCGCACCUUCCCCAGCCACACAGCGCUCAAACGUCACCUCCGUUCACACACGGGUGAUCACCCGUAUGAGUGUGAGUUCUGCGGGAGCUGCUUCCGGGACGAGAGCACGCUGAAGGGCCACAAGCGCAUCCACACCGGAGAGAAGCCCUACGAGUGCAACGGCUGCGGCAAGAAGUUCAGCCUCAAACACCAGCUGGAGACCCACUACCGUGUACACACAGGUGAGAAGCCGUUCGAGUGCAAGCUGUGCCACCAGCGUUCGCGCGACUACUCGGCCAUGAUCAAGCACCUGCGCACCCACAACGGCGCCUCGCCCUACCAGUGCACCAUCUGCCAGGAGUACUGCCCCAGCCUGUCGGCCAUGCAGAAGCACAUGAAGAACCACAAGCCCGAGGACAUCCCGUCCGACUGGAGGAUAGAGAAGACCUACCUGUACCUGUGCUACGUCUGAGGGACACGGGACAGGCCUGGAAGAAGGGGGAGAGGGAGGUAGCAACCUGCGCCCAUGCUCCGCUCGCUCGACUGCUUUGCUUAAAGCCUGGGCCAAAGAUGGACAAGGAAAAGUGAAGAUGUUUAUGUAUGAGGAAUUCUCUCUCUUUUUUGUCGUUUUUUGAUUAUUUUAUUUUUUUUUUUAAAUGCACAUGUUCGAAUUCAUCUCCAGGGACAUUACAGCGCUCUUGCGAUGGUAAACAAUGGUAAAAAUGUGGGUGAAGUCUUGUUAAAUGGACUUUUCUUUUUUGUUUUUAGUGAUAAAAUGGACACUAAAGGGAUUUUAGCUUUUGCUAUUUUGAAAAUAUUCAAACCCACCACUGUAAUGCAUUCAAUUUCCACUAACAAGACGCAAAAGAACCCACUCUCUUCAUUCCACAAAGGUACAGCAUUUUUGCACUUCAUUUUUUCUUCAUCGGAGUAAUAUUGGGUAACUCACUUUUACAAUUCACAUGAUUCACAAGUCUAAACCAUAUAUAAAAUCAGUUUACCAAACCAAAUUGGCAGUAAAAUUAGCUGAAUGUGAAAUAGAGCGCCAAAUUAGGCUUAGGGUUGUUUUUUAUGUGCUAUUUUUUUUUUCUUCAGUGUUUAAAAGUGCAUAUCAUUUGAGUGUCGCAAGCACUUAAAGCACGCCAUUGAAUCACAGGUUCAACUCGAGUUAUGCUGCAUUACGCUAACAAAAAUGUCAAGGACGUUCAGGGAUGUUGAAUCAAAGUAUUCAAACAUUAGAGUAACUACACUGUGCACUUUCACCGUUGAGUUGACGUCACAGCCGCGAUGUACAGUUUACUGAUUUACUGAUUUACGUCCAGAUGAUACAAACAGACAGGUAAACAAGCGAGAUUUGCUUUCCCUGUCCUUUUCACCAUUCACUCGCUCACUCAACGAUUUGCAGGCGGCGUGCCAGAGCUUUCCUUCAUCUACAAUCGUUUUUAGAAGCUGAUACAAAGCCGGUAUCGCCGGAUAAAGACUCUCUUCGCUUCGAGCUGUGCGAGAUCAUAAUAAUCAUGUUCAUCUUGUUCUAAAUGGUCGGUAGAUGAUAUUUAAUUGACUGUAUCACAUGGUAUUGUAGGUGUCACGUUUCCGGCAUCCUUUGAUGAGUUAUUCAGUAGACUGAAUUUUAAAAACGCAGAUAUUAAAGACAUAUUAAAUGUAGAGAUUAAAGUAGUGUGAAAAAAAAGAAGAGAUUAAAGAAGUGUAUGCAGUAUUCAGCUGCAGUCUGUUCAGACGUUACGCUUGUUUUUUUGUUUUUUUUUCUCAUUGCUUUUUAUCUUUCUGUUCUCUUGUUACGUGUUACUUGAAUUUUACCUCAUUAUGCUUGAUAUCUCUUAUGCUUGAUUUAUUAUUGUACUAGUCUGCCCUCUCUCUCUUUUUCUCUCUCUCUCUCUCUCUCUCUUUUCUCUCUUAAUCUGUUGAGCUAUAUUCUUCUACUGAGCUGCAUUCGCGAGGGCGACUACUGCAUCAUUAACAUUAAUGAUAAUUCAGUUUGUUAGCUUCAUCAUAAUUAAUCACAUAAUCAGUUGUUUUAUCCGUUCACUGAGAGUUGCACUUUUUUUCUCUCUCUCUCUCCUCUUCUGUCGUGUUACCAAGCUCAGCACUGCUUGUAGAACCUUUCUCAGCUUUCUCAGUUUUAAGUGCUACCUCUUCAUCGCUCUCUCUGUUUUGCACAAAGGCGAAAGCACGUUUUUGUUUUUGCGAAUCGCAAAUUUGCGUUUUCAUCCAUUUUCAUCCAUCCGCUUAAUUCUCAGAGAUCUUGAUUUGUUUUGUACUUGACUUUGACCUUUGAAAUUCACACUCCUUGUCCGUCGUUUAACCAUUUUAACAAGCUAGAAUCAGACCGCGUAUCCUGAUCAGUCUGAACAACGGAGACUUUUGGAACGUUGAUGAGCUACGGUUGUAAGGGAUAAACUUGAAAAAUGUGAAUAGAAGUGUCGUCUUUUUAUGUGAAAAACGAUUCAUCCGAAUCGACAAAAAAGGACACGGAGUACUGCUAAGUGGAGUUAAAAAAAAUAAGAAUAAUUAUGUAUGAGAACGAUGCUUCUCCGUCGUGCAAAAACACACGCAUCUUCACUUUCAGUCGCACUAUACGAUAAGUACGUUAAAGAAAAGAGUAGUUGUAUUUUUGUAUGACGUUCGUGCGAUCCCUGUCCAUUCGUUUCUAUUCGAGUGAGUCGCGUACUUUUACAGUGACUUUUACAUUGUGUUCGUUCUUCUUGAUUUUUGAGUGACUUUUUUCUCGUGCCUCUUUUACAAUGUUGACGAUGUUCAGUAGUAGAUGUUUGUACAAAAUUAUAUCGUGGUCACUGCUGCUGGGUGUCAGUUUUUUCCGUCAAUGGUGAUUCCGUGUAGGGAGAGUGGGCUGAUUUCAGGGGGGUGGAGUUACGGGAAUGAAUUAAUGCCAAGAUGUGUAGGCCUACUAGAGUUGAGCAUCACCAAGCACAAAAUACUCUAGAAAAGGAGAUCUUUCUGUGUCCUCGUAUUGUGUUCACCAUAUUCUCGGCCGCCGGGCUCGGAUUGGGCUCGCGCGGCUGUAUGCAGGUUCUUGUGUGUGUGUGUGUGUGUGUGUGUGCAGUGUGAGUCAAAUCGUGGUCAAUUUUUAGUGUUUUAAUGCACUACUUAUGAGGAAAAAAAACACUCUUCCUUGCAUCCACAAAAAAAUAAGUUUUGAUGCAUUGUUUUGUUUUUUUUUAUAUAAUUUUUUUUGUUUUCAGGGACAAAGCUGUUGAUUUUUUUCUUUUUUUCCCCUUUAAGUGUUUUAAUGUGUCUGUGGAUAUACUGAUAUAGUGAAAUUCACCAUUGAAACGGACUGUGCACUAAAGACAGUCAGGGAUGCCAACAGGUUUCUUACACACACACACCACACACACUCACUUAUACAUACACACACAGAUACAGCUGGCAGAGCGAUCAGCGCUGUCUGCCGCUGAACACUGAGAUUAUUUUGUUGUGUAGCGAGAAAUCAGCUCCUUUAGGCAGUCAGUAAUAGCCACUGCUGUCCAACUACACUGUGCUGGAGCAUAUUCGGUAGCAUUUUGCAAUAAAACCUAUUUGACAGCAUUAAAAAGUGACAAAAAAUGGCAUCCCUGCUCCACUGUGUUUUACUUCCCUUCAGCCAGGAUGUUGCCAUUUCCCUCUUAACGCACCCCUAUAUCUGUGCCAUCGUCAUUGAUAUAAUAUGAUUUUAGAAUAUACGCACUGGGAAUCCACCUGGGACCAAAUAUUAUUAUUUUUUAGAUCCAUUUUUUAAAUCAUUUUCUUUUCUUUUCUUUUUUUUUGUCUUGUGAUGACAAAAGCAGUUUUACAUGUAUUGUCUUUUACUUUAUUGUACUGUCUACCUCAGCACCAGUUCUUUACAUAACCUUAAAAGGUGCCCAAUUACAGUUGAUCUAUUUUUUUUCUCUGUUGUGCAUAUGUGUAUUUUGUAUCUUAGCAUUCAGAGGUUCUUCGUUCGAUUUGUUCGUUUGUUGUACUAUUUUUUUUUUUCAGUAUUUUCAGCAUAAACUUAAUAUGCUGUCCUGUUGCACUGUGUGGUGACGUUAAUGCUGCCGACUGAGGUGUAUCUCUUUCUCUCCUCUCUGUGUGGGCUUGAACACAGCUCUGUGUAACUCUUAGUGUUCUCUGGAGUGUGGAAAAAACAACAAUAAACGUCUAAAAGAGA